AUGUGGGGCGGUGUGAAGGUUCGGGCGCACCACAGGGACAUAUUCCGCGCAUGGAGUGCCAGUCAAAACCUUGAGACAUUACGACGACAGUUGUACCGCGAGCCGCGACCGUGGUACAUGGCCUUUAAGCUUCAUCAGCACCGUCACCUCUUGAGUGACUACCACUGCGCCAGGUUGCUGUCAUGGUGCACGGCGGUUGUGCAACUGGAGCGGCGGCCAGUGCCCAAGAGGAAGGCAUACAUGUACGCUCAACAUGUCUUUCAGUUCAUGGUACACAGCCACAAGGUAGGGAAGGAAAGUUAUCAGGAGUUCUUUCGACUUUGCGCCUUGGGCAGAGAUGUAACGGCGGCGUUCCGCUGGCAGCAGUACCUCGUUGAAGCUGGUCAAUCGUUCCCACUAUCACACUACACAUGGCUGUUGCACAUCGCAGCCGCGUCACCAAGUGACGAAAUCACGGAGGAUAUGACGGAGGGGGUUUGGGAGGCAUAUUUGGGUCGCUACUGCUCGCCAGUGAAGAACGAUGUGACGGGUCAAACUGCCAUGGCACACUUUCAACCAACCACCAGCGAGGAGCAACAGGAGUUGGAAGGACUCUUUGCAGCAUUCAAGGCGCUGAAGUUACGGAUUGAGCCCACUGCCAAACCGGAACUCCUCCAGUUCAUCGACAACCUCCCCAACACGCCACAGGUUGUGCCCGGUGCAACCUCGUGGCCAACCGUCAGUCGCCACACCAUAUUUCCGCACAUGGAAGCAGCAGUUCCGUGGGAGGCUCCCACACUCGUUCAGCCACGCCUUCGCGACUCGCUUCUGCACCCAAGUUUCGUCGCUGAUCUUGAGCGGACGGCGUGGACCGGCGAUGUGAAGGGAGUUGUGGCGCUAGUAAAUGAGUAUAGGCAGCGGAUCACAGCAGAGAAGGAACAGACGAGCGCAACAAAGCAUCGCUCGGGUGAGCGAGACAUUUGGCGUCACUAUGCAGACCCGGCGGCGGUGGCCUUUCGUAGAGUGCUUGUGGAGGAGGGUGGUGUUACAGCUGAGUUGUAUCAUUAUCUAAUAGUCGCCUUAUCGGCCACUCAACCCUCACUAGCGCUUCGCACGUUGCGGCGCAUGGAAAACGCAAAGUUGCGCGUUCUAGACCUAACGCGGGCGGUGAUGAUUGUGCGCAGCGAGGGGUCAUCCGAGGAACAGUUAAAUUUGUUGAAGGAGGGACUGAAGAGUAUCGAGGAGAGGUGUAAAAUUGACGAGGAUUACGACGUAACGAGGGAGGUUGAGCUGUACUGGAAGUUCAACUAUGCGGAAUUUUUUCACUACCGCAACGCACUGAACGGGGUAGAGCUCUACCGGAUUCUCAUGGAGGGUUUGGGGCCUGUGAGGGUACAAGAGUUGCUGGUUGGGGCGAAGGGUGCCGUUAGUUAUCCCUCUGAAGAUGUGGUGGUUUUCGAUGAAGUCUUCCGUAUUGCUGUUGCGAGGCAUUACCGCAAUUGCACCGGUGAGGCGGAGGUUGAGAGAGCACUGGAUGAGAUCACGCAACAUAUGCCGAAGCUUGACAUUAGCUUAGUGGGUUCCUGUCAGCACUUCGAUGGCUAUGCGUUACCGCCCAGUGACGCGGUCGCAACGGAUAUCACCUCGCUGGCACGUAAGUUGCUCGGAUACCACACAAUUUAUCUGCUGGAUUCCUCUUUUGUGGAGUCCAGUGAAGCUUUUCUUGGCUUAGGCUCGUUGAAUGAAGAGGAAAAUGGAGGACAUUCGCUUGUAUUAGUACCUUACUUCUGUCUGCGCCAAAUAUCCUCGGUGCUCGAUGCGCCAGACGGAGAGGUAGUGUCAUACGAUGAGGCGCUGCAGGAGGUAGGAAAAGAAGAUCAGUUUAUUGCAUCACAGCGACUGCGCAGCCUCUACGCCCUUCUACUUAAUGACAAGGGAAAUGUGAAGCGGAGAGUACUGCACUUCAGUGAAUGUCUGCUGUCCCAAAUUGUCACAGGUGCAGUUGAUAGCGCAGGAUCUGAUAAUGAUCACCUGCUCCUGGUAUUGGCAAUGGUACGCGCGAUUGCCCCAAAAGAAACCAACGUUGUGCUGUGCACGGACGAUGCGCAUCUCGUACAACGUUUGCGUCACGACGAAGUUGCUUCUUUGUUCGCAGGUCAAGUAAACGUCUUGUCAUCGGAACCACCGGAGGGCGCUGUGAUCGGAGAGGGGGGACUUGUCGAUGACAAUCCGAAUUUAUGCGUAGGUUUGGACUUUGAGCCCAAGUUGAACUUCCCUGCCGCGCCUCGGCGGGUGACAGGUGCGGGAGAGGGAUCUGUAAAAGCGGCUGAUUCUGCUCAUCUACAUACACUGUGUGGAGAGGAGGUACGGGAAGGUGGGGUUUCAUGGCUUGAUAUGCUUGGUGAUGACGAGGAUAGUGGGAAGAAUUCAGAGGGUUCAGUCAGUGCUCUACUACCAGUUAACCUCACAGAAAAUGAGGAGAAAUCAGCACAAGAUCAAAUGAAACUAAUGGACAUGUACGAGUCGGAGCACUCCGUUGUUCCCAUUGGUGUUCGCAUGGCUGAAGCGUCUACGCUUGGAUCCCUGUUUGAGCAAUUUGAUGCCGUAAACCCUGACGCCGCGUUGGAACGAGAGGCAGCGGCCGCCGCGGCCGCUGCCGCAUCAAGAAAAGAGCCUGGAGAAGCACACAAAAAGCACCGCAGACUGGCACCACUUGAGUUGGAGCAACUGAGGAACCGCGGAGCGUCUAACAAACAACGCUAUCGUCUUGCAAGGCGACUAAGUAAUUUGGCGGGAGGUCGAGUGCCCUUCAAUUUCCGCUACAAGGUAGUGGAGGUGGACAUAACGGAUGAGCGGAACAAAACGUACCGGGAUGCCUACAGCAACGCGGUGGCGAAGAAGCGAGAGGCGUUCAAGAGACACUUACAGAGGUGA